AAACAAAUAGAAUAACUCCUAUAAAUAAAAUUAACGAUAGCGAUUAAACUUUUGUUUCCCAAUCUCGGAUUCAUGUGGUGCGUCCCGCUGGAGAGACUGUCCACCUCCCCGACUUCCGUGUAAGAAGCUCCGGUGUCCACUCCACCCAUUGGCCAUUUCCAUCUUCAAUUAAAAACCAAGCCUGCGAUUCUCAUGGCUCGACAAUGGAUUCGGAGGCUCUUUUCGAAUCCACAAUGCAACUCUCGUCGUCCCCUUCGCUGAUUGAUGCCCAACACAACCGCCACCCGACAGGAAUCUCGGCAGUUUCGAGUUUCUCAGCUCGUGCUCUGUCGAUUCCUGCUCGCUAGCUGCAAGAAAGAGCUCGAAUCUGCUUCUGGGUCGUGAUUCCUUCUCCCAAAGGCGCGAUCUUUUUCUCCAAGAAUUCGAAAGCGAGAGGUCGUUCUUGAUUCGAUGCUGGCUUCUCUCGGGAUGUCUCGAUUUCCGUCUUUCUUGAGCAUCAUCCUCUGCUCUGAUUGACGUCUCUUUUCUCUGUCCCGAUUUGGCGCGAUGGGUAUGAGCAGGGUCAGGUCUUAGCACAUAAUCCCAAGACAUUUUUUUGAUGAAGUUUUUGUUUUGCAAGCUCCAUUGCCCUCCUUUCGUAUGCUUUUGCAAGCCCUCUUCUCACAUUUACACUCCUGGGCCAUUGAAAUUGGAGGAUGCCCCUCAUGUCCCUCCACCGGUAGUCUCAGUCUCUGAUGGCUCUGAUCAGUUGGGUGGACAGACCGCUGAGGUCGGAGAUGAUGUGGCUUUAGAUGAGAAGAACGGGGAAACUCAUAAAGUCGUCAUCAAGAGCAGCCUCAAGAAGAAGAAGGCAGGUUUGGAAGCACUCUGUGCUGAGAAGAAGCAAGUGCAAUGGGUGGACUUGUCAGGGAAGGAGCUUGCUGAGGUCAGGGAGUUUGAUUCUAGUGAAUUGGAAGAAGAUUAUGGAGGUAAUAGACACAAUCUCUGUGUCAUUCUUUGAGACUCGUUCCGUCUCUGUUGCUUAUAUGAAGCAACCAUUCUGAUGAUGGGACGCUCGUGGAUCAUCGUCGCCUUCAACUUUAGGAGACGUUUCUUCUUUUUGGAGUCGGUAUCUAGAGAUUCGUUAGCUCUCUCUCUCUCUGUAUGUAUGUAUAGAUAUUGCUGCUCUGCUCUCAAUGCAAGACUCAUUCCUUGCUAUUCAAAUAAAAUGGGUCAAAUAUUCUUUUCUUGUUC